UGAAGAGCGCAUGCUCAGAAGAAGCGUCCCUUUCGUUAGUUGAAAAACGAUACAAGGCUUAGCAACGGUCUUACGCGAUGGCGUAGUGGUCUAGUAUUCGUGUCCUGCAUAUUCAUUUCACAUGAAUCCUUUGACGAACGUGAAGAAUAUCACGAAGCUUAAUGAGACUGAGCUUAAGCUUGGAUACACCGAGAAGACUUCUUGGCACGCCAAGUAUAAAGACAGCGCCUGGAUCUUCAUUGGUGGCUUGGACUACGAACUCACCGAAGGUGACAUCCUCUCCGUGUUCUCACAGUUCGGAGAAAUCGCGAAUAUAAACUUGAUACGGGAUAGAAAAACCGGCAAGUCGAAAGGCUAUUGUUUCCUGUGUUACGAAGAUCAGCGUAGCACCGUCCUGGCUGUGGACAAUCUCAACGGCAUAUCGCUGUGCAAACGCACCAUUCGAGUGGAUCACGUGGAAAACUAUAAGGUGCCCAAGGAAAGGGAGGACCUGGACGACGUUACAGCGAGGCUUCAGAAGGAAGGCUGCGCCCCGGAGGUAAUGGUGAAGACCGAGGAGAAGAGAAGCGUAGGGGCGGAAGAAGCCAAACGCAUCAAGAAAGAGAAAAAGCGACUGAAGAAGGAGCGUAAGCGCAAGAAGAAGCUCAAAAAGGAGAAGAAGAAACUGAAGAAGCUUGCGCAGGCCAAGGCUUCCUCGGUCUCCUCGGGCGCAGCAUCCGGCAGCGAAUCGGAGGCCUCCCGCAGUCCAUCACCAGUGACAGCGCGUGCAGGCAGCUGCGAUCCGGCCACCAACGGCGGCAGCGCCCCCUCGAAGGAACCUCCACAGCCGAAGUCCCUGUCUGCCGUGCAGAGCCGCCUCGUGAAGCUGGCUGGGAUGGCCGGCGUCCCUGGGCUGGAAGCAGCGAGGAAUGCCAGCAGUCCAGAACGACACAAGCGCACUCCUCCGAAGGGCUAUCGUUCGCCCCAGAGUCCACAGAGAGUCCGACCAGCUCGAAGCCCAAGGCAGCGCUCUCUAAGCACCUCGAGCAGCCGAGCUUCUUCCGUGAGUCCCAGCCCCAAACGAAGGUCGAGGAGUCCCAGGAAAUCCAUCAGCCCAUUUCGCAUGUCAGUCACACCACGGAAGACAGUGCCGAGGCGACGGUCUCUCACACCACGAAAGCCACCACCGAGAGUCGAGAGCCCACCGAGGCCAUCCCGCCGGUCCUCUCCGUCCCGCAGUUUGACUCCUCGCAGGGCCCGUUCGAGGAGUCCCAAGAUGUCCCCUCGCGUGCGAAAGCGAUCCAUCAGCCGUAGGUCCUCGCCGUCGCCACGGAGACGUUCCGUGAGCCCACGCCGUUCACCACCUCGGUACAGACCUCGGUCGAGAAGCCCAAGACGAUCCCCCAUACGCCGACGGUCGAGGACUCCGCGGCGGAGGCACUCCAGAAGUCCGCUGCGGCGAUCAAGAAGCCCCCCACGGAAGCGCUCACGAAGCAGGACUCCCCCGCGGAGGUCCCGCACUCGGAGCCCCCCGCGGAGGAGGUCUCCUCCGCGGAGGAGGUCGAGGAGUCCGAGAAGGCGCAGGUCCAGGAGUCCCCUGCGCCGGAGCCCAAGAAGGAGAAGCCGUAGCAGAAGCAGAGAGAGGCACAGGAUGAGGGAUUCGAGGAGCCGUUCGAGGAAGCGAUCGAGCACUCCCAGAAGAACCUUGCGGAGACGUUCCACCAGCCACCCCAGACGAAGAUCCCCAAGUCGUGAUCGCUACCGUCGCUGAGCAACAAACAUUUGUGCAGUCCUUUGUGUGUUUGUGCUAAAUAAAGUUGUUGUUGUGUGUA